GCCAGUUCUUCUUUCCGCUUAUCUCUUCCCCCCCCAGCGUUUUGUAGACAUAGAAUUCAAAAGUCACUGCAUUUCUAAAUGUCUGGCGUUUUGCGGCGACGACUGCUGUACCCUUCAACCAAAGCUGCGUUCUGGCACCCAGCACAACUGCACCUUCGACACAAUUCGACUAAAACAGACAAUGACACAAUUGCACUUGGUGCUCCUGCAACCGACGAUAGUCGGGAGCCUGUCGAGGCAGUGUUGCAGAGGAUCCUCGAGCCCGAGCACGCAAAGUCGAUUGGUCUGACGUCGGACGGGACACAGUCGCCGUCAUUGGCAUUAGUACCGCUGACGAUUAUUUACCUACCGCCGCCCGAUUGGCACACGCCGGUGAGGCUGGCCAGUCGCUGUGCGAAGAAUCAGCAGCAGAGUGAGCAAGGAGAUAAGGCGAUAGACGGAGCCGAGGGAGACCAGGCUGGUGGCAGCAGCGCAGGGUCCGUCGGUGCAGCUGGGCCGCAGGUUGAUGGCAGCACAGCGGGUAUGUUCGCAUGGCUGCGUCAGAUGUUUAGUAAAGCAGACAAAGGCAACGCUGGCACUUCUCCAGCAUCUGGUCAGACAUCCGAAAUCCUGGACCGGCUAAAGCAGCGGGGAACUAGGGACACAAGGGAUCUGGCCGAUUCUGUAUCAGCCUUUCUCAAGGACUCAGUCCUCCACCAGGCAGUUCUUACCGGCCGCAAGCGCAUUGAAGCCAUUAAGGCACUGCCGCAGGACGAUGACUGGGUGACCUGGGCCAGCAAAGCGCUAAACCAGAUGACCGGCUACGAGCGGAUCCAGACCCUCAAGGAGAAAGUAGAGACAUGCGGUGUCGACUUUAACCAGGCUCGCCAUGAUCUGCAGGCUGCCAAGGAGGGCCACGGCAAGAUGAUCCACCAGCGGAUCUCUAGCCAGCGUGAGAUCAACAGUCUGCUGCAGCGAAAGCACCUGUGGGACGAGACGGAUGUGGCGAGGUUUACCAGCCUGUACCGCGACGAGCACCAGGCAGAGAUCUUGGAGCGCACAGCUGGCAAGGAGCUGAAGGAGGCGGAGGAGCUUGUUGACAGGCGGUACGGGGAGCUGGUGGGGGCGAUCCGCGAGCGGUACCAUGAGGAGCAGAUCUGGAGCGACAAGAUCCGCAGGGCCAGCACGUAUGGAACAUGGGCGGCCAUAUUCGAGCCCAGGAAGCGCAGAAAGAUUGUGGCCGGCGUCGACGAGAAGCUGACAGCAGCGAUAGCCGAUCAGAACAGCCGGAUUGCAGAUGUCCAGCAGGGCGUAGAGCAACGACUGGCAAGCCACGAGGGCGCUAUCAAUGAGAUUGGGCAGCACCUGGGGGCGCUGGCAUCGGUGCUAGCGGCCAUGGACCAGCGGCAGGCAACGGAGAUGGCAGUGAUCUCGUCCCAGCUGCUCAACUCUACACAUGAGCCGGAUGAGCCCGAGAACACCGAGACAGAGCUCGACAUGUACAACAACAUCAAGCCAUCAUAUACACGGAAGGAAGCACACAGGCUGGUACUGGGCACGGCCACAGUGGCCAGUAUAGUUACGGCUCUAGUAACGUACUAUUUCGCAGGAUAACGUUUGAAAAUAAAGCGUCUAUUUCUUGAAA